AGCAGUUGAAUUUGAACCGCCGUGGAAUAUAGACUUGAAAAUAAUCUUUCCCGUUAGCGCUAGUUGGUGAGAAGCAGGCAUAGGAGGCAAGCAGCAGCGCCAUUAGUCAGCUAGCAGCAGUCAUCAUCAGCGGUGGUGUGUGAGGUGAUCCCGGAUUGUUCUCUCUGCCUCAGUCUGUGCGCGAAGCAAAUACCCCUUUUGUAAUCGAAUAUAAUAAAAAAGUGCGGAAAAGCAGUUUUGUGCUACAAUAGCGGUUGACAGGCCAGCAAGCGCACAUAAGAAGAAGAAAAUUCCGCUAAACUAGUGUAAAAAAUUUUCUGUUCUGUGACCCACAGAAGACAAGUGCGAACGCGCAGCAGCAACAGCAGUAGUUCAAGUUCCGGAAUAAGCGGAAGCUUGAUCACUCUUCGAAACAGGAAAAGCCACAAAUUAGCUAAAACACAAAAAUGGCCGAUCAACUUACAGAGGAACAGAUUGCCGAAUUCAAAGAAGCGUUCUCGCUUUUCGACAAAGACGGUGACGGCACAAUCACAACCAAGGAACUGGGAACCGUGAUGCGAUCGUUAGGUCAGAACCCCACAGAAGCCGAGCUGCAGGACAUGAUAAACGAAGUCGACGCGGACGGCAACGGUACGAUCGAUUUCCCCGAGUUUCUCACCAUGAUGGCUCGCAAAAUGAAGGACACCGACAGUGAAGAGGAAAUCCGGGAGGCGUUCCGAGUCUUCGACAAGGACGGCAACGGCUUCAUCUCGGCAGCUGAGCUGCGUCAUGUCAUGACCAAUCUCGGCGAGAAGCUAACGGACGAGGAGGUGGAUGAGAUGAUCCGCGAAGCCGACAUUGAUGGCGAUGGCCAAGUUAAUUAUGAAGAAUUCGUAACAAUGAUGACAUCGAAGUGAGCUACAGGUCGAAAAAUUGCGCCUUUCUAUUAUUUGUUUAUAAAGAAGACUGUAGCCACGCGCAACACCAGCUGCGCAACGCUAUUGCUAUGGAUUUAAAAAAGAGAAAAAAAGUAAAAGUAAAGAUAACAUUAAAUUAAAUUAAACGAGAAAAAAAACAAGAGAGAAAAAAAGGACAAAAAUAAUGCAAAAAAGUAAGGAAAAAAUAACUUAAAUUAAUUGUAACAACACAAUUUUAAAUAAGAAAAAUAAAAGGAGAAAGAAAAAAAUACAUUAAUUAAAGUUAAUCACUAUCCUUAAUCUAUUUGUGUAAAUUUUUGUAAAAAUACAAUAUAAAUAUAAAUUUAAAAGAAAGUGAGAAGGCAGGCAAAGGUAACGCGUUUUAGGCUCUAUGGCGUGAGAACAGAGGACAGGAGUUGUUGUGAGACAGGCAUGGCAAAAUGACCGGUUGGGGGGAAGCAAGCAAGCGAGAGCGAGCGAGCAAAGGCGUGUGGGAUAGGUGAGCGACCGUGCAGCAGCAGGAAGACAGACAGACAGAGCAAAAAAUGCCGGUUUAGUAGUUAGAAAGAAGAGAAGGGUUGCGCGCAGCGCAACGCAGCGCAGAGAUGAUCGAGCUUGUUGCAGCCAGUUGCGUGCUGCGUGCGCGGGUUUUACACCCCGUCUUGUCUCUUGUGCAUUUGUUGUGCUGAAGCCGACCCAGCGCGGUGGCGGCCCACUCCAACAAGACAACAAUUCCAUGAUGGCGCGUGCACUUUCUUUCCGCACAGGGAAACAACAGCGAUUGUUUCAGUCCGAGAUCUGUGAAUGAGCAACCGAGAAACAGACAGACAGCCAGAGGAAGGAUUUCGAGUUUGUUGAAAGACGAUGUGAAACAUUUUCCAAUUUUUUCCACAAUGAAUUGCCGUAUUUUUGUGCACGAUAAAAAGAAAAGAAAUCUUUAAGCUUGCAAAUGUGUCAGACAGACUUGAAUGUCACAAUUGUCAGAUUGUUGAAAGAGAGAGAAAAAAGCAAAACACACGCAUGUUUGUAGCGGUUAUUAUUAAAUGGAGAAAAAUGAAUUACUAUUUAUUGAAAAUCGUAAAUUAUAGUCGUUCAAUCUAAGAAAAACCAACAAAAAAACAGAACUGUGUUUUCUUUUUUUCUUCUCACACAUGGUUUAGUAGUGGAUGGUUUUUUGGUGGAUUGUGUCGUUCCAGGGUGGGUCCCGCUUGGAAGUGUCUGCUUGGCCAUAUAUUAUGCUCUCCUCGGUCCAGAGCGUGUGGCAGUCUCUUCGCCUUCUUGUUUUUUGCAUAAUCCUUUCUCGAGAAAGAAGGAGGGUGCUUUUUCGGCUGCUCCUUGAUGAGCGAGCAUUGAUUUGUGGCUUUUGAAAAGUCAAUGGCGAUACGCGAGGGCAGGUUUGUGCAAUGUUGAUGGGAGAAAAAAAAGUGAAAAAUUUGUUGAAGGAUGAAGAGAGAAAAGGGAAGAGAACGAAAAUUUCCAGUGAAACAAAAACACAACACAGCGCAGCAGUAAUCGAGUGACACUAAGAAAAGAAAAAAAACAAGAGUAAACAAACGUAAACGCAGUAUAUAGAAUUUGAGAAUUUCAAAUCCAACAAGCAACAACAACAAAUUAACUUUUUUUGCAGCAUUUACUUCUAACGGUGAAAAAAGAAAUUUAAACAUUAAGUGUACCUAGAUGAGAGUAAAAUUAAUAAUAAAAAAGCAAAAAUAUUAAAGUAUACAGUAACAGAAGAAUCCAUCUAUUAUGUGUAAUUUCCCCCGUAUGAUUUAAUCCGCAUAGAAAGGUCUAGACACGCAAAACACACACCACUAAUUACAAUCUAACAACACAAUUGUACACUCACAUUUUGGAAGAUAGCGAAUAAUUCGUUAGAACUAAAAAAACACGCGAACAAAAAGGCAAAACAGCAGUAGACAAAAAAAAACAAACAGAAAUGUGUAAAAUAUAUUGUAUCGUUAUGAGUUUUUACGCGUUUUUUCAUCCUGUUCAUAUGUCCGUACUUUUUCUUGCCUUCUCGUUUAAAUCGUUGGCAAAGGCAGCGCGCAGCAAAUGGCAAAUGUGCAUAGAGAAAACAAAAGCGCUGGCAAUCUUCAUUGAUCGUUAAUAUUAUUAAUUAUAUUGUAUUGAAAACAACUAAGGUAAACUCUAGCUCAUAUGAACACACACGCAUACACUGAAAGAAAAAAAAAUUCGCAAACCCAACACCCACGCUACACUGUGCAGAAAAAGGAGCACACUCACACACACUGAAAUUACACCGACACACGCAGUCCUACUCCCGAUAGGAAUGAUGAACACACACGCGCGAAACAGUGUGACUUUUAUUCUACUUUUUUCGAGAAGUUGCGUUAUUCCUUUCCCUUUUUUUUUAAUUUAUGCUAUUAUCGAUCAUUAUCUUUAAAAACACGAUUAAAGAUGAAAAACGAUGAAGUAUGUAUUUUCUAUUGAAGAAUCUUUUUGUAAAAGUGAACAAGCAUAUUAUGAAAUGAGAAAAAAAAACCUAAAUAUGAAGCAAAAAACAAAACAAAAAAAGUUAUAACAACAAAAAACCAUUUAUGAAUUAGAGAAAGGUACAUAUAUUAAAGGAGAAGAAUUAAGAAAGCAUUGAACAAGAGGAAAAAACCUACAUCUGUUUAGAAUAGUUUUUUUCUUUCUGUAACAUGAAGCAUACAAGAAGCGACGCCUGCAGAUCAGAUCAGAAGGCUUAAAAUAACGAAAAACAAGCUUUGUAACCCUUGUUGAAGUUCGAAGUCAGCCUGGCGCAGUUCCUCCGACUAGAAAACAGCCUGCUGCCUCUUCCUGCCGGGGUAAGCUCAGUAGUUCUUUAUUCUCCCACUAAAAAGCGCUAUUUUUUUCUUGGAAAAAUUCGUAAAAUAAAAAUGUUACAAAAUUUCCACCUCCCCCCCUUUUUAUAAUCGGGUCAACUAGAAAAGCGAACAUUGAAACACUUAACGCUUAUCGGAGGGUGCUGGAUUAUUAUAGAACUACAAAUACCCCUCGUUUUCCCCUCAGUAUCAACAACUGCAAUCCCGAUAGAGAAAUCAAUCAAAGCAAGCAACGAAUUUUGUGUGACAUUUCCACCACCGCGCACAGCAAGCCGUUUGUUGUGUUGUGGUUUUUCCGAUGGUGAUGAUGUUGAAGACCUACUAGAGUGAUCCCCCCUCCUUCCACGUGUGUGUGUGCGCGUUGUUAUGGAAAUUCAUUUGUCGAAAAGAAAACAGCAAAAAAAAAGCAAACAGACGACCAGCACCCUCACUCGAAGAAACAAUUUCCUCCCACCAAAAUCGCAUUGUUUUCGAAAAACCAAACAAAAUAAUCGGUAAUCGAAAACAAGCGAAGUGUAGCUACAACCAUCCAGAUGUUAAGCAAGUUUAAAACCAUGAAAAAUAGUACUGUGGAACUGUCGGGACGCCAUUUUAUACUCGUAUACUUUCCUUUCGUGUGUUUCCGUCAGCGAGAUAGCAAAAAGAAAAAAAAAACUUCGAAUUCCAAACUCUCUUUAACCUAUAAACAGAAAACACAAGAAACGCGUUUAAAAAACUGUUACUACCUUAAACAAACUUUGAAAAAAAAAAUCAGAUACAUUUAAGAAACGAGGUUAAUCAUCUAGUGGACAAAAGAAAUUCCUUCGUAUAACAAAAGGUAUAGAAACAAAACAAAACAUCUAGAUAAAACAAGCAUAAAAUUUGAAGACAAUUUAUAACGACAUCGGUGAGUUUAGUGAGCAAAACCAUCAGCGCAGGCAAAACCAAAAAAAAAUAACACAAGAACUCUGGCGAUCCGUUUUUUGCAAGCGUCCCAAACAGACGGGAUAACUCUUUAACUCUUAUUUGUGACCACGUCCUAGAGGAACUUUGUCUGCAAAGCAACAGCAUAAAAUACCGACAAAAAUAUCAACCGUGUUCUCGUCGAACGUCGAACUUGUUAUAUGGUUUUUUCGUCAACCUCCUCUAUCAGACGUGUUGACUUAUUUGUCUCCUUUUUCCAAGUACACACAAAACAACACAAAUUUAGGAAGAAAGAUUUAAUGUCAUCAAAGCGAGUGAUUAGACUAUAAAAAAAUUAGAGGAAAUUGAACUAAAACCCCACGCAAAGCAGCAACAAAUUAGAAAACAUACCUAAACAUGCAAACAAAAAAAAAAUAACAUUUAGGAAAAACUAUUCCCCAUACGAGAAAAAAUUGCUUGUUUGCGAUUGAUUAACUUUACUCUUUACUAAUUACUUGUUAAACUUUUUCCAACAAUUGAUGAUAAUCGUACAAGCAGAAAAAUAAGAAGAAAACCGGAAAAUCGUUACAUGCAACAAUAUACUCCUUCAACUUUUCGAUUGCAAAACAAGAAUUUUCUCUUCCUUCGUUUUGAUAUUAUAUUAUUCGUGCGCUACCACCACCAAUCCCAGAGUUUUAUCGAAAGAAAGAAAAACAAAAGUAUCCCAAACAACAAGAGUAAGCUAUCGCAGACUAACAUCAUCAAUAGCCAGAGAAGAAAAAAAGAACAAAAUUAACAAAACAAAACGAAAAAAAAACUUGCAGCUGAAACUGAACAACAACAUAACCACCAAGAAGAAAACAAUUGCCCAAUUGUCGAUUGAUUAGUAAGUCGACAAGGAAGCAGAAGAAGAAGAAGAAAAAAACCUAGAGCGAGCAGUGAUACUACAGCGACAACCACAACUUACCACUGAUAACCAUACCUAAAAUAAACAGCAGCAGCAGAAAGAGAACACAAAACGACAAAACAUCAAUUGAGCAGUCAGCAGUAAAAACAAAACAAAAACAGUAACACAAGAAGCAAACCAGAAGGAAACAACACAUGAAAUAAGGAAAACAACAAGAGUAAUUAAAAAGACAUAAUAUGAAAUAAAUGUUUCUUCACUUUUAGGUUGAACUAUAAAAAAAACAAAA